AUGAAAAAUGACUUAGAAGACCGCACUGAUCUUACAGUGGACGACAUCUUAGACCUUUUAAAGCUGUGUCUUGGACAAACCUUCUUCCGGUUCAAGGGCAAAUUUUUUGAACAAACAGACGGAUGCCCUAUGGGCAGUCCAAUAUCAAUGACCAUUGGCAAUUUAGUCAUGGAAUACGUUGAAGACAAAGCCCUAGCGGAUUCAGGACCUCAUGUGGCCUUCUACCGACGUUAUGUUGACGACACAUUUGUGAUUAUCAUGAAGGAUUUUACUGACGCAUUCUCUGACAAGCUGAACAGCAUUCAUCACAGCAUUCAGUUCACGCACGAGGAAGAAACUCAUGGAAAGAUCGCCUUCCUUGACGUCCUGGUAAGUAGGGGCCAAUCUGGUGCCUUAAGGACAUCGGUCUACAGGAAACCAUGUUACACAGGCCAAGUUCUCCACUAUACUUCAGGCAACACGCUGGAGCAGAAGAGGUCAGUAGUUCGUUCCCUCCUAUCACGUGCCAUUCAGAUCUCCUCAAAACCCCAAGUGAGGCAGGAAGAAAUCACGCAAGCAACAAGAAACCUUCAAAGAAGGGCCUAUCCGGAAUCUUUCAUUAAUGACAUUUACCAUCAAAUGUUAUCGCCCCGCAAGGAGAUACCUGAUGAAACCCAGGACAAGCCCAUAUAUGUCACCAUCCCUUACAUCAAAUGUCUAUCGGAACCCAUCAGGCGUGUACUGUCUCAGAUAAACAUGAAGACCACCUUCAAGCCCAUGUCAACACUGAGGAGCCUGAUUAGUCAUCCAAAGGACAGAACGCCGCCUGACGAUGAGAGGGGUGUUGUAUACAAGAUAUCUUGUCAGGAUUGCACGGCGGUCUACAUCGGGGAGACGGGAAGAAAAACGAAACAAGAAAGAUAUCGAGAAGUCUGCCCUAAACAGGACUGA